GACGCUUUUGCUUCUGAUCUUGGUAGAAGUAGACUGCUGCUUUAAGGAAGUGUGUGGACACUAUCUCUUCCACAGAUCCUGUUUGUAGCUUGUUAGUCUUUUUGAUUUUAGUUAAAUUAUAUUUAACGCUUCAGGUUGAUCUUUGAUUGUUUUUCAUCUUUAGCUUUAGUAGCGGACUCUUUUUAUGCGCUAGCUGAAAGAUCAGUAUUUCCGGACCUGCAUCAUUGAAGCUCUUGUGGUCUUAAGUGCUGUUUGAUUUUCUCGAAGUUUCAAAGUCCCUCCCCAGGGUCUGUGAAUGAUGCAAGACUUCUGGGGAGAGGUCGUGAAUCUAAGGACCACCAGAGGAGCUACGAGAUUCUUGGGCAAUGAUGAGGAAGCUGUUGUUGAUCAGGGGAAAACCAGCUCUACCAUCCACACAAACUUUGAAAAAGAGGAACUUGAAAGUCACAGGGCAGUUUACGUGGGCGUACAUGUUCCUUUAGGAAGACAAAGCAGGCGUAGACAUCGCCACCGUGGUCACAAGCACCAUCGGAAAAGGAAGGACAGAGGGUCCGAGCGAGAGGAUGGGAGAGAAUCGCCAGUGUACGACACUCCCUCACAGAGGGUCCAGUUUAUCCUCGGCACUGAGGAUGAUGAUGAGGAGCAUAUUCCACAUGACCUCUUCACUGAGCUCGAUGAGCUGUCCUUCCGCGACGGACAGGCUUAUGAGUGGAAGGAGACGGCCAGGUGGUUGAAGUUUGAGGAGGAUGUAGAGGAUGGAGGAGAGCGCUGGAGUAAACCCUACGUAGCCACGCUUUCCCUGCACAGCCUGUUUGAGUUACGGAGCUGCAUUCUCAAUGGCACAGUCAUGCUGGACAUGAGAGCAAACACCAUUGAGGAGAUAGCAGACAUGGUAAUAGACAACAUGGUGGCUUCUGAGCAGUUGGAUGAGAGUUUGAGGGAGAAGGUGCGGAAUGCCAUGCUGAAGAGACAUCACCACCAGAAUGAGAAGAAACUCAGCAAUCGCAUCCCGCUCGUACGCUCCUUCGCCGACAUAGGCAAGAAACAUUCAGACCCGCACUUGCUUGAGAGGAAUGGCCUUCUUGCGUCCCCCCAGUCGGCCCCGGGGAACCUGGAGAACAGUAAACCCAGUGAAAGCCGUAUGAACGUAUUCCCUGGCAGCAGGGAAAACAGCACUGUGGACUUUAGCAGGGUGGACAUGAAUUUCAUGAAGAAAAUUCCUCCGGGCGCUGAGGCUUCAAAUGUUUUGGUGGGGGAGGUUGAUUUCCUUGAGCAUCCAAUCAUUGCUUUUAUCCGUCUCUCACCUGCUAUUCUUCUCACUGGACUGACUGAAGUGCCCGUUCCAACAAGAUUUCUCUUCUUGUUGUUGGGACCUUUCGGUAAAGGGGGCCAAUACCAUGAAAUUGGCAGGUCAAUAGCUACUUUAAUGACAGAUGAGAUCUUUCAUGAUGUAGCAUACAAAGCCAAAGACAGAAAUGACCUUCUGUCUGGCAUAGAUGAGUUCUUGGACCAGGUGACAGUGCUGCCUCCAGGAGAAUGGGACCCCACGAUACGAAUCGAGCCGCCAAAGAGCGUCCCAUCUCAGGAGAAGAGGAAGAUGCCUUCCAUGCCUAAUGGCUCUUCUCCACUAUCAGAGAUGAUCAAAGAAGAGGAAGACCACACUGGACCUGAACUCCAGAGGACAGGAAGGAUAUUUGGGGGUCUGGUGUUAGACGUUAAGCGGAAAGCUCCGUUUUACUGGAGCGAUGUGCGAGACGCUCUCAGCCUGCAGUGCCUGGCCUCCAUCCUUUUCCUCUAUUGUGCCUGCAUGUCCCCCGUCAUCACCUUCGGAGGCCUUCUGGGGGAAGCCACCAAAAACAACAUAAGUGCCAUUGAGUCUCUGUUUGGAGCUUCACUGACCGGUGUGGCCUUCUCUCUGUUUUCUGGUCAGCCUCUCACUAUCCUGGGCAGCACUGGGCCAGUUCUAGUUUUUGAGAAGAUUCUUUUUAAGUUCUGUAGUGAGUACGGUCUGUCCUACCUCCCUCUGCGCACUAGCAUUGGCCUGUGGACAGCCUUCUUGUGCAUUGUGUUGGUUGCCACAGACUCCAGCUCUCUAGUGUGCUAUAUAACAAGGUUCACAGAGGAAGCCUUCGCUGCUCUCAUCUGCAUCAUUUUCAUCUAUGAGGCCUUGGAGAAACUCUUCCAGCUGGGAGAGAUGUUCCCUUUCAACAUGCACGACAAUUUGGACAACCUCACGUUUUACACAUGUCAGUGUUCACCUCCAUCCAAUAUCACAGAGAUGGUACAGGCAUGGAAUCAGUCAGAUUUUAAUCCUGAGAUCAUUAACUGGAGUGAGCUUGAUGUGCCAAAUUGCAAGAAACUCCAUGGCGAGUUUGUGGGUCCUGCUUGCGGGCAUAAUGGCCCGUACAUCCCUGACGUAUUGUUCUGGUCUGUCAUUCUCUUCUUCACCACUUUCUUCCUGUCAUCCUUCCUCAAACAGUUCAAGACCAAGCACUAUUUCCCCACUAAGGUCCGCUCUUCAAUCAGUGACUUUGCAGUUUUUCUAACCAUCAUGAUUAUGGUCUUAGUUGAUUACUUGGUGGGCGUCCCCUCUCCUAAACUACACGUCCCAGAUACCUUUGAGCCCACCUCUAAGAGCCGGGGCUGGCUGAUCUCUCCUCUGGGCGAUAACCCCACAUGGACGCUGUUUGCAGCAGCCAUUCCUGCCCUCCUGUGCACCAUCCUCAUCUUCAUGGAUCAGCAGAUCACUGCUGUCAUCAUCAACCGUAAAGAACACAAGCUCAAGAAAGGCUGUGGGUAUCAUCUUGACCUUCUGGUGGUGGCCGUGAUGCUCGGUGUGUGUUCUGUGAUGGGCUUGCCCUGGUUUGUCGCUGCCACCGUCCUCUCCAUCUCUCAUGUCAACAGUUUGAAGGUGGAGUCAGAGUGCUCAGCCCCGGGAGAGCAGCCCAAGUUUUUGGGUAUUCGUGAGCAGAGGGUUACUGGGUUCAUGAUCUUUGUGCUUAUGGGUCUGUCUGUCUUCAUGACAUCUAUUCUAAAGUUUAUCCCAAUGCCCGUGUUGUAUGGAGUAUUCCUCUACAUGGGUGUUUCCUCACUCAAAGGCAUACAGUUCUUUGACCGUAUUAAGCUGUUUGGGAUGCCUGCAAAGCACCAGCCUGACUUGAUCUACCUGAGAUAUGUGCCGCUGUGGAAGGUUCACAUAUUCACAAUAGUUCAGCUCACCUGCCUUGUGCUACUGUGGGUCAUCAAAGCGUCUGCUGCCGCGGUGGUCUUCCCUAUGAUGGUUCUUGCUCUGGUAUUUGUGAGGAAGCUUCUGGAUUUCUGCUUUUUGAAGAGGGAGCUUAGCUGGUUGGAUGACUUAAUGCCAGAAAGCAAGAAGAAAAAGGAAGACGACAAAAAGAAAAAGGCAAAAGAGAGACCUCUUGAUGUGUGUAACCAGGAAGCACAGCGCAUGAUGGAGGCUGAAAGUGGAAUGGAGGUCCCCUAUGAUAAUGGUGACCACCUGGAAAUCCCCGUGAAGAGCCUUAAAAUCAGCACUGACCCCUCUGUGGUUAACAUAUCUGAUGAGAUGGCCAAAACUGCUGUGUGGAGAGCUGUUGCCAUGAGCUCUGACAGUGCCAAAGUAUUGAAACCUAGUGCCAGUGAAGAGAAGACGGUUAGUAUUAAGAUAAAUGCGGAAGACGAGCAGGGGGAUAAAUGUGUGGAUACAGAGACGUCAUUAUGAUAGACAGACUUUGAGAGCUCACUGUGGACACUUGCAGGGCCCUUCCCAGAGUCCUCUAGUCUGGAACAGUGUUGCUCUGUUCUGUGUGCCCUGCCAACCUGCCUAAGUCAAGCCAAAGGUAGAGAUGCCCGAUAGAGGGCUGAGAAAUGACUUCCAGGUAUAUUUAUCUAAGUUUCUAUUUUUAAUCAAACCAACAAACCUUUUUAUUUUGUACAUUUUGUUUUUAAUAUGAAUAAAUCACCAUGAUUUCAGACAUAUACUGUAGGGAAUGUUAUGAAGAGCUCAGACCAGUAGGUUUCAUAUUUUUACUUCAUUUUGUCAUUUAAUUUUUUUCAAGAUAGAUAUGAAGACGAAGUCUUUUAGAAUUAGAUUUACAAGCCAAAAUCCUGUUUCUCACGGUACCUUUCAGAUCAUCACCCUGGAUGUUUUUCUUUAAGUACAUUAAAAUGCUGUUUGUUGCAGUGCUUUUUUUUUUUUUUUUUUAUAAAUAAAUGCAUAUAUGAGAAAAUGCUUCAUUGAGACCAAAGUUGGUGACAUUAGGCUGCAUGACUGACCUUCCAAACUACUGGAAAAAGAGUGUGCAAAGCGAACACUUCAAAAUGUCACAUGAAGGACAUUUAAAUAUGAAUAAAAAUACAAAGUAAAUUAUUAUUAUUGUACUUCAGUUGUAACAAUGUCAUUCCCAUUGACGGUCUGACAGAUUACUUGAUUUAUGUACAAAUACUAUAUUAGAACAGUCGGAUAGCACAAAGUGAGAUCAGUUCUUGCAGUCACUCUGAAAGUAAAUAGCAGGUCAGAGAAUUCAAACUUGAGUAAUGUAAAUUGCUCCAGAUUGUGUUAAAGUUUUCCCUCACAUUUUUUUCAUGUGUUUAUAUUGUUUCUCUUUUUUAGUGUUAUAAAAUAGAAGUUUGUAUUGUUAGUACUUAUAAUUUUUACGAUGUGUUAAUCAACUAAUUUAUUAACGGUGAUUUAAUGGUUAAGUAGGCGAUGCAGAGGCAUGAUGGGGCAGAAGGACUGCUGCAGUGUUGUUGGCCUGUCAUUUCUUUCCUCUUCUGUUACUGGUGUUAAUGUGCACUUUAGGUAGGCUCGCCAUCGCAGCUGUAGGCCUGACAACAACUUAUUUAAUCUAGAUCAGUCUCAGGAAACU